AUGAUUCGUUUGCAGAGGGUGCUGGGAAGCCGUGCCGUGGUUAGUGGUUAUUCGUGUUGCCUUGGGAGACGAUUCUUCAAUGCGGGACGGGCUGCACGGAACGAACAAAAUAGUUCGUUCUUUGGGGAAAUGACCAGGAAGGCUGAGCUCGACAGUGACGAUCCGAAUAAGAUGUCGAAUAGGAUGUCCGUGAUGACCGAGACGGACGACACACAGGCUGUGCCGAUUGAGUCGAUAACGGUGGAAAGCGAUAAGCUGCUGCAGAGGUACAUCCAGCAACAGCAGCAGCCGGAGAAGCUGGCGCCAUAUCUGCUGUUGUCGCCUCUCAAGAGGGAGUUGUAUCUGGCGAACUGCAAAAUCAACGGUUUCUAUAAGCCGGAUACCGUUGUAUCGUUGCCUGGGUCCAAGGAGAAGUACAAACUGGCACUGACACGCAGGGAAGUCGAGGCGUUGGAACCCUCUGUGUAUGUCAAAUCUUACAGAAUCAAGUCGUCGAUGAAGAAGGCGACCGUGUUGCUGAGAUUGCUGAGCGGGCUGGACGUGAAGAAGGCGCUCACCCAGUGUCACUUCUCCCAGAAGAAGAUCGCGCAGGAUGUGGCCGAACUUUUGCAAAGAGGUAUACAGGACGGCCAGAAAUUGGGUCUUGAUCCCGACGACCUGUACAUUGCGCAGAUUUGGACGGGCAGCGACGGCUGGUGGAUGAAAAGAGUCGACUGGAAGGCUCGCGGGAGAGUCGGAACGAUACAACAUCCGUACGUGCAUGUGAGAUGCAUCCUGAAGACGAAGAGCGUCACGAAGCGGAGGCUCGCGUACGAGGCCGAAGAGAAGGAACGGAGAAGGAAACCGUGGAUACAGCUGGCUGACAAGCCCGUUAGAGGCGCUGCAGGCGGUUUCUACAAAUGGUAG